AUGGACAAAAUAGGCAUGUGCAAACUGUGCAAUACAAAAGUUAAAACAUCUGGCAACACCUCGAAUCUAAUGAGUCAUAUGGUUAGGAUACAUAAAGACAUACUAUUAGCUGAUGAGAACAAACUGACAAAGAAAACUUUUAAACGAAAAUUCGAGCUUCCAUCGCAUGAAAACGAAAGUGAAGAAUGUGAAGACAUACAAUUUGGACCUCUUUCUCAAGUUCCGUCAACGUCUUCAAGAGUUUCCUCAAAUUCGGAAUCGUCCAUUAAUAUGACAUACACAGAUGUAGUUGUCAAACAACCAAGAUUGGAUCAUAUGUUCGCAAAACAAAAAUCAUUUCAUGAUGGAGGGUAUAAGGCUAAUGAAGUUACAAACAAAAUUGUAUACAUGCUUAUUAAGGACAACAUGCCGCUCAAUACGGUUGCAAAAGAGGGUUUUACUAAACUUAUGCAAACUGUAGCUCCGCAUUACACAAUACCAUGUCGUAAAACAAUUACAGAACGUUUCGAAUCAAAAUACGAAAUUUUGUCUGCCUUGAUGAAACAGCAAUUAGCAAAAACAAAACAUGUUUCUCUAAUCACUGAUAUUUGGACUGAACCUCUCAAUACAAGAAGCUUUUUAGGACUUACAGUACACUUUUUAGAGGGAAGAAAUCAUAAAUCUGUUACGAUUAGUGUCGCAGAGCUUUCUGAAAGACAUACCGCAGAUUAUUUAAAAGACUGGCUCUUGAGGCGAACAAUAGAGUGGAAUGUGACUCCUCAACAAAUUGUUGUUAUAGUCUCAAACAGCGCUGCAAACAUUAAGAAAGCAGUUUUGGAUGCAUUUGGAGAAGAAAAACAACUAUCUUGCUUUGCCCAUCUAUUACAUUUAGUUGUUGCAAAAGUUCUCGACGAAGACAAAACUAUUAAAGAGUUUUGUAAAAAAAUUAAGGAGAUUGUGGCAUUUUUUAAGAAAUCAGUCGUUGCAGCUGACCUUUUACGAGUGCACACACAACUGAAGCUCAUCCAAAGUAUCGAUACACGUUGGAAUUUGACGCACGAUAUGAUACAACGUUUUGUGGAAUUAAGUGAAAAAGUAAGCAUUGUUAUCUUACAAUGCCCAGCUGCUCCUUGCAUGUUAAGUGCUUUAGAAAUGGAAGCUGCACGCGAAUUCCUGAACUUACUGAAGCCAUUCGAAGUAGCCACGAAAAUUGUAUCUGCCGAAUCUUUUUUAACAGCUAGUAAAAUUAUUCCUGUCGUUAAUACUUUGAUAAACAAUAUAAAUAGCUUCGAAUCGACAACUAAUCUUGGGAAUAAUUUAAAAAAACUUUUAAAAAUACAACUAGCGAAGAGGUUUGAUGGCAUCGAAAAAAACACAACAUUGGCCAUGGCAACAUUGUUAGAUCCUAGGUUUAAAAAAAUUUCGUUUUUGAAUCCUGUAGCAUGCGUGCGAGCUGUGAACAAAAUAUCAAACAUUUUAAGAAAUAAAUCUAAGACUACAGAAAUAGUACACGCUUCACCGAAUACUGAAAAUGACAAGAAUAGUGGAUUUUGGUCCUACCAUCAAAAUCUUGUAAAUAUAAGUAAGGAAAAACAAACGAAUCAAGAUUCUGAUGAAAUGCCGAAUUAA